AUGAUCUCGAAUACGAGCGGUUCUCUUGGGGAAGAUGGCAUCCACGUUGAUAUGAAUCACUUGAAGAAGGGCGAGGUCAACCUAGGUACCUCGAUAAUGGCAAUCAACUUCAAGGAUGGAGUUAUCCUCGGAGCGGACAGUCGAACAACUACCGGUUCAUACAUCGCCAACCGAGUGACAGAUAAGCUUACACAAGUCCACGACACCAUCUGGUGCUGCCGAUCCGGGUCGGCCGCCGAUACGCAAGCAGUCGCCGAUAUUGUUUCUUAUCACCUGAACAUGUACGGUAUCGUGAACGACGAGCCACCAAGCACACAAACUGCAGCUGCCCUUUUCCAGGAAUUGUGCUAUGACAAUAAAGACCAGUUAAGCGCAGGAAUCAUCAUCGCUGGCUACGACCGACGACACGGAGGCCAAGUCUAUUCGAUUCCUCUCGGCGGUUCCCUUCAUAAACAAGCGUAUGCUAUUGGCGGUUCCGGAUCUACCUACAUUUACGGAUACUGUGACGCGAACUGGAAAGAAGGCAUGACGGAAGAGGAAGGAGUCAACUUUGUCAAGAGUGCGCUGGGCGAGGCCAUCAAAUGGGACGGCAGCUCCGGUGGUGUGAUUCGUAUGGUUGUGCUUACUGCCAAAGGCGCAAUCCGUCAUCUAUAUUUGCCCGACAAUGGAUAUACCGGGCCGGGGCCUGCCAGAUAG